AUGAUCUCGAAAAGUCGCGUGUUUACAGGCACAUUGUCUCGACUAUCCUCCAAGGGGUUCAGCACAUCUUGUGCUGCUUUAUCCGGGCACAGCAGAUGGUCCACUAUCAAGAGGGACAAGGCCAAGAAUGACAUGGAGAGAAGCAAGGUGUACUUCAAGAUGUCCCAGAAAAUCACAUUUGCAGCUAAGACUGGAGGCGGUGACCCCAUUCAAAACAUCCAGUUGCAAUAUGCCAUUGAUGAUGCGAAAAAAAGCAGUGUACCAAAGAAAAUCAUAGACACCGCUAUCAAGAGAGGAACCGGUGAACUGGUCGGUGAAAAGCCCAUGGAAUCUGUGGUUUACGAGGGAAUGGCUGCGGGAGGUGUUGGAGUGAUUGUAGAAGCGCUCACUGAUAAUAAGACGCGGACAUUUCAGAAAGUUAGAGAGGUUUUCAACAACCGAGGAACUGGGUUGUCUGCCACAGCUUAUCUUUUUGAAAGAAAAGGCUCGGUAAUUAUCGACUGUGGGGAAUUGUCUUUCGAAGACAUAUUUGAAAAAGCGAUUGAACUUGGAGCCGAGGAUGUUGAAGAGCUUCCUAUUGAUCCUGAAGACAACCCUGAUGGAAAGUUGGUAGAACUGGUGACGUCUGAAACUGAUACCGGUAAGAUUGCCAACGCGUUGAAGCAGGAAUUCAAUGUCACGGAGGUCAGCAUCAACUACGUUCCGUUGGAGGACAUGGCCGUCGAAGUCACAGACGAAGAUGUGCUGAAACGGGUGGAGAAGCUGACUGAUUUUCUUCACGACAUUGACGACGUGAGCGAUGUCUAUUUGAACAUGAAGAGGUGA